UUUUGCGUGCUUUCAGCCGCUCAGUCACUUGCAAACAGCGGUCGCGACAAGACAUUCGCAUAUUCUUUUUUUUUUAUAUUGUUACGUUUCUGUGCGGCAUUUGAUUUUCUUUGCUUCCUGUUCGUUUUAUCCGGGUGCAUCGCCAAACUAAUUUGUGAUUUUGUGUGCAUAAUAAGUGUUCCGUUGGGCGGCGAAAAAAAAUCAGUGCAAAGUUAUUUUUAAACCAUACUUCCAAAGCUGAAGAGUUAUUCCCACCUCUCGCAAAAAGUGGAACCAGAGACAAAAGUUAACCACGAAUAAUUCAACGAUCAGUACGAUUUUGUUACUUUUUCGCAAAAGUAGGCAUUGACCAUCGGAGCGGCUUCGGUACUGUUCGCCUUGAGAAAUCUCCAACUGUCAGUCGUCACUGUUGGAAAACUUCCGGAUUCAGUGUCAACGAGGAAAUUUGAAAGCAUGAAAUAUCUUCCACAGAGUGCCUUCGGUUAAAUGAACGUUUCCAAAAAGAAGUGAUAAGUGAUCUAUUCCUCGAGGAGAAGAAAAAAAACCGUGUAUUGAGAAGAGAGUGUGGCGAAAUAAUCCGCCAGAUCGUCGUCAUCCACUGCCGGUGACUGUGACUGCAGUUGCGUUUCCAGAUAUGGCCACACAAGGAUCGACGGCCAGCGCCACCCCCGCCGCAAUGAAAUCAAGGCUCUCCCAGAUGCAGAUGCGCUUUCAGCAGCGCCAGCAGCAGGAACGGGACCAACGCAAGGUGGAGAUGGUCUCCUCGACAAAAGUCGCCACCGCCGCGACGUCCUCAUCCAGCAUCGUGAACCACAGUGAAACCGGCACAAUCCGAUCGUCGGCCAUCUCUGCCUAUUCCUCGACCAGCUCGACGACCACAGCGAUGAGUCACAGUUCCGUCAACGGUACCGGUGACCUUUCGGCGACCCUCGGCGCUGGCAAGGUCCGGCAGAUGUUCGACGAGAGGCGCCAUCGGGUGGCCGGCAUCGACAAAAGUUAUCCACUACAGCCCAUCCAGGCCAAAGUGAGCGUCAGCAAUAAUAACGUCAACACCAUCAACAACAACAACAACAACAACAUCGACAAUAGCAAUAAUAAUGGCAAUGUCGUUGCCAACGGAAACGGAACGAGAACGGGUGCCGCGGGAGUCGGUCUCAAUAACAAAACACGUGUGCCGCCGAUUUCAGCAAAUACCAAGGCCCGGCUCGCGAUGCAGCAGCGCUACCAACAGCAGGAGGACGAAAACGGAGAGAUACCCCAAAAUGCCACAUUCGACGACAACGAGAACCUUCUAGAAGACGAGAAGUUUCCAGAUACAAUUUCCUUCGAUGACGAUCUGCCGAUAGGACACUCGCCAACAAUUGUACCGAGCGCAACCCGCAGGCUCCCAACAGCUCGCAAACUCAGCAGCGGUCCCCAGAACGUGAAUAGCCUCAAACUGAAGCCGGUUCCCGGCAGAACGCCAUCGACGCCCAGUGUGAAGACAAGUAACGCAGUGAAAACGACACCCCGUAAGACUUCCGCAGCGCCAUCGUCUGAAAUCAAGCCAAAAUCAGCUAAUCCGUCACCGACGAAAGCACGCAGCCUGCAAACCAGUUCCGCUAAUUCUACGAUGUCUCGACCAUCAACGGUCAAAUCUACGACGGCCAGCGCCACCAGGAAGCCAUCUCCGGCGUCUCCAGCAGCCUCAGCGGGUUCCGUCCGAGAUAGUCCCGUUCCAGAUGGACUCUCCAAGUGCGACAUGUGCGGACGCAGUUUCGCCGACGACCGCAUUGCCAAACAUCGGGAGAUCUGCAAGAAAACAAAGACCAAAAAGCGGAAAGUUUUCGACGCCACCAAACAUCGGGUCGCGGGAACAGAUGCCGAAAAGUACGUCAUGAAGAAAAAGGGCACCCCGGGUGCGAGGAAGUCCAUCGCCGCAGCGCAGUCCUCUACCGAUGCGACCCGCAAAAGUGACUGGCGUCGAAAGCACGAGGAGUUUAUCCAGGCGAUUCGAGCGGCUAAGGAAAUGCAAGCGCAUCUGGCGAAGGGUGGCAAACUGUCGGACCUGCCGCCCCCUCCGCCGUCCGAGAAUCCGGACUACAUCCAGUGCCCACAUUGUUCGCGUCGCUUCAACAAAUCCGCCGCCGAUCGACACAUUCCGAAGUGUGCCACGAUGCUGCACAACAAACCGAAACCGACCCAGACGAAAACGAAGCGAUUCUAGAGGGAACACUGAUGCGAUUCACACCAUUUUACUAACAAUUGAAGCGCCUAACAAUCCAGAUUCGAGCGAGAGACGACGACUAAUAAUGUAUUUUAACAUUCUUUCAGCGAAGCAUUCCUUGGUGAAAAUUAAUACAUUUUAUUAAUCAUUUGAAACGAACCGUAUUUUGUAUUAAUAUUUCAAUUAUUUUUUAGUCAUAAAUGCGGAUAAAAAAAACAAAUUAACUUAUUACAAUCCUCGCUUUUUACCUAAUCGGAACAUAUGUUUGAGAACUAAAGAAGGGAAAUAAAAGAAACUAUUGCGUCGAACACGGAAAGUGUAAAAAAAUGACGCAAAAUUCGUUUGUGGCUGUGUACACCAGAAUAAAGAUGGACGAAAUAAAAACUCUAC